UAAGUUUCUUUAGAUAGUCUUCUUUUGGCUUACUUGGUUGCUCUGUUUUUUCCCCUUCUUUCUUCUGAUGUUUAUGAGUUUUUUUUUUCAAUAUUUAUGUCAGGUAUAAGCAGUAAAUAUAAAUGGAAUUUUUUCUGCCCUUUUUUGAAUUCUUUUUGUUAUGAAUUAUCAUUUUUUUUUUCAGAAAUCAUAUACGUUAUAAUAAGCUUCUCUGUUCUUUCUUGUGAACUUCUUUUUAUGUAAUAUUAUAUAUAGUUUCUCAGUUUUUCUGACCUCGCAAUGGGUUUGUAAAUAAGCGUAUAGUUUCAUUUCAAAUUUUUCAGAUGAUGUGCCGUUCAACAAUGUUUUUUUUAUAUGUUUAAAUUUGAAUUACUCUGUUUUUUUCAGAAAUUUAUUGAAAUUCCCAUAUUUUUCCAUUUAUGUCUUCAAUUUUCAUAAUAGUUGUUGGAUUUACCAUAUCUUUGUUCUUACAUUUAUAUCUAGUUAUUCUUUUACUUUCUUUUGUUUAAAUCUUUUCUUCUUUUGCCAUGUUCUUCCUCUCUUACUACUUUAUACAGAAGAUAAUAAAUAAUAAUUAUAAACAUAUAGAAAGUUGACAUACUUAUUUAGUUUUACCCUUCACAUUUCUAUGAACAUUCAUUAAUAAUAUCUAUUUUGUUUUUAUAAACUAUCUCCAAAAUAAUUAAUAUAUAUUAUUUAUAUGUGUGUGUGGUAAAUAAUACUAAAGAAUUAUCACAUUUUCUUGGUUUAGGGAGGUGGAGUUAUACCUUAUUCCAAAGUUUAUGCUUUUAUUCUUUUUUUCUCCCUUUUUUUGGGGGGCUAUUUUUCUUUUUCUAAGUUGUUGAAUUCUUGCCUUGUUAGUGUUUUUGCCAACAGAGAGAGACCAAUGCAAAGUAUCAAUUUUUUUUGUAUGUGAACAAGAAGUUUUGUUCCCUAUAACUCUAUUUGACUUCUUUCGAAAGGAAAGCACCUCCAAAUAUUUUUUUAAAUACCGUUUUCUUAGCUAAAAAUCUACAAAAAGAUGUGGGCUUGAGCCAUUUUUUAAAAUUUUAUUAUUAAAACUUUUAGUUUCUUAAGAGUCUCUUUAUUGUUUCCUUUCAUAUUUCUUUCUUUGUUAACUAACUUUAAACCCUGAUUAUUUCUUCUUUCUUAAUCCAGCUUCUUCACCAUAUCCUUAUGAAUCUGGACAGAAAUACACAAGAAUACCCAUGUUGUGAAUUUGGUUUUGACUUGAGCCUGAAAAAUUCAUAGUCUCAAAAGAAAAUAAGUUAUAUAUUAUCAAGGAGAGUUUUUGGGAAGAAGAGAGAGAGAUAAUGGGAUGUUCUACAUCAAAGUUGGAAGAUGAAGAAGCAGUUCAACUCUGUAAAGACAGAAAGAGAUUCAUUAAACAAGCUGUUGAGCAAAGAGCAAAGUUUGCCUCAGGACACUUGGCUUAUAUUCAGUCUUUGAAAAGAGUUUCAGCUGCUCUACGUGAUUAUAUUGAAGGAGAUCAUAAUGAGCCUCAUGAUUUCUUAUUAGACACCUUUAUAACCCCACCUUUCACACCAGUUAAGAAAACUAGUCCUGGUUUUAUAUCGAUUUCUCCGACAUCUUUCGUGCCAGCUCAAAUCCAAUCCCAUCCUAGUUCAACUAUCAAAGUUAACUACCUAAGAUCAGGUGGGAACCGGGCUGUUUCUGUUGAAGAAAGGCCACAAACACCAGAAAGAGUUCGAGUGGAAAGUUACCCUCCAAUGGAGCAACAUGGUUUUGAUGGUUUUUUCCCAAUGCAAUCUUCUUCACCAAUGAAUCCUUCUUCGAGUUUUUCUUACUCACCAAACAGGUCUAGUAAUCUCCCCCCUCGUACACCAAAUAGGCCUAGUAACCUAAGAUCAGGUGGCAACCGAGCUGUUUCUGUCGAGGAAAUGUCUCAAUCACCGGAAAGAGUUCAAGUGGAAAGUUAUCCUCCAAUGGAGCAAUAUGGUUUUGAUGGUUUUUUCUCAAUGCAAUCUUCUUCACCAAUGAAUCCUUCAAUUUUUUCUUUGUCACCAAACAGGCCUAGUAAUCUCCCCCCUAAUUCGCCUCAAAAUUCUCAGUGGGAUUUUUUCUGGAAUCCCUUUUCAUCUUUAGACUACUACGGCUAUCCAAAUCGAGCUAGUCUAGAUCAGCAGCAUAUAGUUAUGGAUGAUGACAUAAGAGGUCUAAGGCAGCUCCGAGAAGAAGAAGGUAUUCCUGACUUAGAAGACGAUGACAAUGAACAAAAAGAACUUGAACAAAAUGCCAAUGUGAUAGAUGAAAGAGCUAAUUCUGAUAUGAAUCAAAACAUAGAAGAUGAAGUCAUUGUUGAAGAUAUUGAUGAGAAUGAAGAAGAUGAUGAUGACGAUGAAGAGGAAGAAUCUGAGUGCGAUUGCGAUUGCGAGUGUGGGAAUGAAACUGAGCUUGAAACUAGAGGACAAAACCAACAACAUGGGAGAACAACCACCAUAGAGGUUUCAAGGUCUCAAACUGCAAGACAAGUGGUUGAAACCAGUAAUCAAGAAGUGGCUGGUGGUGGUAGAGAAGGUAAAGAUGAGACACCAGGUUUUACUGUUUAUGUAAACCGAAGGCCUACAAGUAUGGCAGAGGUAAUCAAGGAGCUAGAAGAUCAGUUCGUGAUUGUUUGCAGUGUAGGAAAUGAGGUAUCAUCAAUGUUAGAGGCUAACAAAGCUCAGUACUCGUCAUCUUCUAAUGAACUCACAGUGAAGAAAAUUUUGAACCCGGUAGCACUGAUUCGGUCAGCUUCAUCUCGGUCAUCUUCCUCAAGAUUCCUAGUUAAUUCUUUGAGUUCCUCUAAAGAGGAAACUGAAGAGAGCAGCAGCAGUGACUUCUCAGAGGAAUGCAUGUUUUCUGGGAGUCACCAGUCAACAUUGGACAGACUAUAUGCUUGGGAAAAGAAACUGUUUGAUGAAGUCAAGUCUGGAGAAAAGGUUCGAAUAGCAUAUGAGAAGAAAUGUAAUCAACUGAGGAACCAAGAUGUGAGAGGAGAUGAUCCUUCUUCUGUGGAUAAAACAAGAGCAGUCAUUAGAGAUCUUCAUACUCAGAUUAAGGUUUCAAUACACUCAGUUGAAGCUAUUUCCAGAAGGAUAGAAACUUUGAGGGAUGAAGAAUUGCAGCCUCAACUUCUAGAAUUGGUAAAAGGGUUAUCAAGAAUGUGGAAAGUAAUGGCCGAGUGUCAUCGGUCCCAAAAGCGGACCUUAGACGAAGCCAAACUCUUGCUAGCUGGAACACCAUCAAAACUUGAUUCAAGGAAGCACUCCUUCAUGUCGGUUUCUGACCCUCAGAGGGUAGCUCGUUCAGCUGCCAACCUUGAAUCAGAACUUAGGAACUGGCGAGGAUGCUUUGAGUCAUGGAUUGCUUCUCAACGAUCCUAUGUGCAUGCUCUCUCAGGCUGGCUCCUUAGGUGCGUCCGAUCAGAUCCUGACACCUCGAAGAUCCCCUUCUCGCCACGCCGCUCAGCUGUAGCCCUUCCCAUAUUUGGACUUUGCAUACAAUGGUCGAGGUCCAUGGACGCUUCCAGGGAAGCUCCUGUACUGGACGGCCUUGAUUUCUUCGCAGCUGGGAUGGGAUCACUCUAUGCUCAGCAGCAACAAAGGGAAGAUUCCUCAAGACGUGUACAUCUUGGCUCCAAGAGAUUUUCUGAGGAAAUAAUCACUGGGAAUAACAUGGAGGUUGUGGAGGUUGGAGGGGGGGAUGUAGAAGAUAUCAUGACUGCGGAGAAAAUGGCUGAGGUUGCCAUAAGGGUGCUUUGUGCCGGGAUGUCAGUUGCCAUGAGCUCACUAAGUGAGUUCUCUAUUGGUUCUGCCAAGGGGUAUGCUGAGCUCAUCAACCAAUGGGAGAGCGCCAAGUGGCCACCCCGCGAUCAACGGGGCAGGGUUGGAGUGUAGUAGCAUUUUUUGGGGGGUGUCUAUGGGGAGUAGUCUCAAAAAUGGGGUGUCAAUGUAAUUAAAGAAAAAAGUUUAACUUAUUUACAGAAUGUAGCAGCUGAUGAGAUUUUAGCCAGCAGCCUUUUUUUUAACUUAUUUACCAAAAGGGGUGGUAGCUUAGAUUUUUUUUUUUUUAGGGCGAGGGCCAUCAACUUUUAAUGUUUUUUUUUUUGCCGAGUAUGAUAAUUAUUGGCAAAUAGAAUAGGAAAUUAGAAGAAACUGAAAGUACAACUGUCUGAUGUUGGACAAUGGUUACUGUACACAGAAAUUUAAGAGAGCAAAUUUUCAUAAUUGUUCAA